ACCCUAAAAAUUCCAUUUGCCUUUGUGCGCCCCCUCACACUCUCUCAUUCCACACCAAAACCUAACAACAAACAACAAUGCCGCCGAAGUUGGACCCCAGCCAGAUCGUCGACGUCUACGUCCGCGUCACCGGCGGCGAAGUCGGAGCCGCGAGCUCCCUCGCCCCCAAGAUCGGACCCCUCGGUCUCGCCCCGAAGAAGAUCGGAGAAGACAUCGCCAAGGAGACCGCCAAGGAGUGGAAAGGCCUCCGCGUCACCGUCAAGCUAACGGUUCAGAACCGUCAGGCGAAAGUCACGGUGGUUCCGUCCGCCGCGGCGCUCGUCAUCAAGGCGUUGAAGGAGCCGGAGAGGGACCGUAAGAAGGUGAAGAACAUCAAGCACAACGGGAACAUUUCGUUUGACGAUGUGGUUGAGAUCGCGAGGAUCAUGAGGCCGAGAUCGAUUGCCAAGGAGCUGAGUGGGACCGUGAGGGAGAUUCUCGGGACGUGUGUGUCUGUUGGGUGUACUGUUGAUGGGAAGGACCCCAAGGAUCUCCAGCAGGAGAUUCAGGAGGGUGAGAUUGACAUCCCUGAGAACUAAUCUUACAGGAAAUCAUUGAGCUCGGGAAGUUAUUUGUUGCUUGAAGCAGUGUCAUGUAACAUACUCUUGCUCAUUUCUCGUACUGUUGAAAAUUCUUCUAAAUUGGUUGUUUUCUCUGUAGCUUUUUUUUGGUUAACAAAAAAAUAGUUAUAUACGUAAACGAUAGUAAACGAUAAUAUACGUGAGCCGAUUGUUUUGUCAAUGUAACACACGACCACAAAGUUGUUUAUUUUCCAUGUAAACAACUUGGUGUCGGAGAGGCUGUUUCCACCAAUCUCUUGUAUUUGAAGUAUAUAAAUAAAACUCCUUGCAAUGCUUUUAUUA